AUGGGCCCGGCCGGGAGCAGUGUUCCCGCGGGCCGCGGGGGGGCGCUCCCGCUCCGCCGUGAUGGGCGGGGGCCGCUCCGGUUCCGCCGUGAUGGGCGGGGGCCGCGGGGGGGGCGUUCCCGUUCCGCGGUAGCCGCGGUGAUGGGCGGGGGUCGCUCCCGCUCCGCCGUGAUGGGCGGGGGCCGCUCCGGUUCCGCCGUGAUGGGCGGGGGCCGCUCCGGUUCCGCCGUGAUGGGCGGGGGUCGCUCCGGUUCCGCCGUGAUGGGCGGGGGCCGCUCCGGUUCCGCCGUGAUGGGCUGGGGCCGCGGGGGGGCGUUCCCGUUCCGCGGUAGCCGCGGUGAUGGGCGGGGGUCGCUCCCGCUCCGCCGUGAUGGGCGGGGGCCGCUCCAGUUCGGCGGUGAUGGGCGGGGGCCGCAGGGGGCGUUCCCGUUCCGCGGUAGCCCGCGGUGA